CGCGUAUUCUCCAGGAUACGGAAGAUUGCUCGAGAGCGAUCUAUCAAUCGGUCGCAGCAAGAUCGAUACAAAAAAAAAAAAAAAAAAAAAAAUAACAGUAAUAAUCAAAAACAGUUUGUUUCGUGAAUUUAACGUUGUGAAGAGAAAUUCCGAUUUCCGGUUUCGAAACAAAAGAGAGAUUUGCGAUAGUUUUAAGAGUCACGCUUUGAGUGGAGCUUCAGUUUUGGUUUGUCGUAAACGAUCUCGCGAAAUAGUGACACCGAAUGAGAUCGUAAGACCGUGCGUUAUGGCGAAUCACCAUACCGCGUACGAUUUCGAAGACAGAGGACAGAGAAUCCGCCAUCGAGUCGGGACCACGUCGAGACCUGCUGAUUCCACCGUGGCCUGUACCAGUACGCAAUAUUACGUGGGGCCUAGUAGUGAUAUCAUUGAGGAAGAUUUGGCCGAAUUACCGUCAUGCGUUUAUGCGAGCAGAUCGACGCAACACGUCACACACACGACACCACACGCACAUUCUCCCUUGCACUACCAUAUGCCAGUUUCGACCCCAGAUCAUAACGACACGGAAAUGAACGGUGUGGAAGAGGGUUAUUAUCCAAACGGUAGCCCCUACAGAAUUCAACGGCACGCUGCUAACAUUCGCGAAAGAAAACGCAUGCUCAGCAGCAUCAACUCGGCUUUCGACGAGCUCCGGGUCCACGUACCAACGUUUCCUUACGAGAAGAGGCUGUCCAAAAUCGAUACUUUGCGUCUGGCAAUAGCGUAUAUCGCGCUUCUGCGCGAGGUCCUGGCCGCCAGGCUCGAUCCUUUGACGUACGUCGAGAGGUGCCUUAGGGGUGAGAUAAACGGCGAACGCGCCGAAUGGAACACGAGCGAUUUAACGGCACGCUUGUCUUGGAUUAAUUGGGAAAAUCUCGGAGUUAAUCCAAAUCGGCGAUCGGUGCUCACCACCCUCGCACUGACAACUGACAAUAUGAAUUAAAAACAAAUCGAGACGAACGAAAAGGUUUUGCAAGUUAUACUUUUUUUUUUCUUUGUAAAUACCUUCACGUUGGAUUAGAGAAGAAGAGAGAGAGAGAAAGAGAGAAAGAUAGAGAAAAACAAAAGUACACACGUAUUUAAAAGGACUUUUUCGCGACCUCGCGGUUUUGAUUUACGUGCAAUAUGAGCGAUGUGUAUUGUACUCACUAUCUACGUGUAUGUGUAAAAGGACUAGUUAGUAUAAUUUAGUAUUUGCUUUGGAAUAAAAUCACUGCUAUUCGACUCUUAGCUGUCUUUGUUCUUUAU